AUGAAUAACGAAACAUCGGAACUAGAAAAUAAACCAGAGAACAAAAACAUGUGUAAACGUGGUUGUGGCUUUUAUGGAAGUGAUCGGUUUAACGAUAUGUGCUCCAAAUGUUAUCAAGAAGAAAUUAAGUGUGAAUCUACUCUAGAGCAGGCCACGCUUCCUCGUCCUACUUCACGUGAUUUGAAGGAUAGUCGAAAAUCACAACGCCUAGAUUGCUGUGAAAAUCCUCCUGAUGAUUGUGACGCAGUCCAGUCGGAUUCAAGUUCAUCUUCUCAAGUGCCUCGUGCACUUAAACGGAAAGCAGACUCUUCAGUUAUCCCAGAAACAUCCAAAGUCGAAUCGACAGCAUCCCGUCCUGCUCCUCGAGUAAAUCGCUGUACUUGGUGUCGUAAGCGCGUUGGGCUGACAGGUUUUGCUUGUCGUUGUGAUGGACUGUUCUGCUCAUUACAUCGAUACUCUGAUCAACAUGAAUGCGCCUACGAUUAUCAAGCCAAUGGUCGGCUUGAAUUGGCUCGCGCCAAUCCAGAAGUGCGAUGUCCUAAAAUCCGCAAACUGUGA